AUGCAGAACAAGGGAAGCGCCGUUAUAGAAAAAGGUGUACAGCUUUCGUGCAGUGGACCUGCUGAGCAACACUCAUCUCCGCGAAGUGUGCAAGCUGGUGCACAAAUCACAGCAUUAGGCAUGCCGCCCAUGGAUACAACGCCAAUAAAUCAUUCACCACUGUUUUGUACCACUGCCGUUGCUGUUACCGUGGCAAACACAUCUGUUCAAUUUUCAUCGCCUCAUUCGUCAAUGCCGGUUGAGCUUAGAAGCAUGGCUAUGGCGCCAAGCCAGCAGCUUGGAUAUGCUGGCGCUCCUAUGGCGCCAAAUCAAUUCUCGCCUUGUGACAGACGGUCGUCUCUUCUUGGAGGACCCCAAAUGAAUUCAACGUUCGCUCAUCCAUCUGCCUGCGUGUUCGGUCAGAGCCGUCAUGCACCGAUCAGCACCGCUGGUACGGACUUUGGCGGCAACGUCGUAAACGCCCCACAACCUAGCAUUCCAUCCUUAAGUACUCUGUAUGCACGUGGGUGCAGUGCUGCCGCACAAAACCCAUUCUACCCCGUACACGACAGUUCCGGGCUACCACAUGGAGGUGCUACGCCCAUCGACAACCGUAUCUGGAGAGAGGCGCAUACUCAGUUUCAGCCAAGCUUAGAUUUGAGCUUGAGUCCAUCACAUAUAGCGACAAGGCAAGUGAUAAGUAAGGAUCUGCCGUCAUUCUCUGGGAAACCAGAGGAGCGGCCAUUGUUCAUCACAAACUAUGAGCAGUCAACUGAACGUUGUGGAUUUUCGGAACAAGAAAACCUGAUUCGUUUGCAAAAAUCAUUACGAGGAGCUGCCUUAGAAGCCGUCAGAGAUAAACUAACGAUGCCGUCUACGAUCCAUCUGGCCAUUGAUACUUUACGCAUGCUGUUCGGCCGACCUGAUGUCAUUCACAACAGACUGCAGCGCAAAUUGAGACAGAUGCCAGCAGUGAGAACAGAUAGGUUGAAUACCUUAAUCGAUUUGGCCUUAGGCGUUCAGAAUUACAGAGCGACGAUGCAGGCAUUGGCUCUUAACGAAUACCUGAAUGAUCCCAUGCUCAUUAACGAGCUUCUUUGUAAACUACCAGGUGAUAUGAAGUUAGACUGGGGUCGUCGGCGGAUGGCUACAUCUCGCAACGAUAUUGUCACAUUUGACGAAUGGUUGUUUGCACUCGCAUCAUGUGCAAGCCAAGUUACGCCACUUAGCGAUGCGACCUCUGCAGAAGAAAAGAUAGGGCGAAGAGGUAAUAGGGAAAGAGUCUUCAUGCACGGUCAGAUAAACCACGAAGUCGACUCCACGAAAUCAUGUAAAGACAACAUGACCUUCCUUUCACUUUGUCCUCAGUGCAACAAAGACCAUAACCUCUCCGCUUGCCCGGAUUUUCGGGAAAUGAGUCGGAACGAACUUUGGCAACUGAUUAAGGACAGAAGGCUUUGUAAUCGUUGUUUCAAAGCCCACAUGAUGAGACGCUGCAAUUCUAGACGAGUCUGCGGUGUGGAUAACUGCCGAAUGGCACAUAAUCCACUGUUACCUAAUCAAACCACGAACCUCAACGCUCAGUCGAACAUAGAUAAUUCUACAAUUCUACUUCAUCAACGUAAAUCUAAAAGAACAAUCUUUCGGUACAUUCCAGUAAUCCUGUACGGCCCAAGAGCCACAAUUGAGGUGUUUGCCUUAAUUGACGAAAGAGCGUCGUGUACAUUGAUGGAUAGCAGGCUAGCUGACCAACUCGGUCUCGACGGACCUAGUGAAGAACUCUGUUUGAAAUGGACAGGCGGCAUAUGUCAGCAAGAAGCAAACUCCAAAUAUAUAAGCUGCGAGAUAUCUGCCAGAGGAAAGAACUCAACGCGCUAUCGUUUACGAAAUAUGCGCACCAUUACGGACCUCGAGCUACCGCAGCAAUCUUUAAACGCCGAUACCCUGAAUGCGCACGAACAUCUGAAGUCACUACCUAUUCUGCCAUACACUGACUGUAAAGCACGACUGUUAAUUGGUUUGGACAACACAACCAAACUCUGCGUUCCAGCGGAAGUGCUCCAAGCCGAAAACGGGGACUUAAUUGCUGUUCGCUGUAAGCUGGGCUGGUCAGUUUACGGCCAUGAUAAUUCUACUCAUAUGCCAGCCGAGAGUUUGCUCUACGUUUGCAGUUGUAACAAAGACAACCAACUAGACAGCUUGAUGAGGACCUAUUUUGCCGUAGAUUCUGUUGGUAUCAGUCCUGCAGUCAAACCUCUUACAUCGAAGGCAGACGAACGUGCAUACCACCUGAUGGAGAAAACAGUGAAAUAUAAUGCCGACGAUAAAAAUGGGAAACAGGUCUUUUGUGGAAGUACGACAACAUCGAUCUACCUGACUCAUACCGAAUGGCUCUCAACCGUCUCCAAUGGCUAUGUGAGAAGACUGAAAGCCGACGAAGUCUCUAGAGGAGGCAAAUCCUGGUUCAUUCCGAUAUUUACAGUCUUAAAUGUCAACAAAAAUAAAAGGAGAAUCGUAUGGGAUGCAGCCGCGAAGGUUAGUGAUACGAGUCUAAACGACGUACGGCUCAAGGGUCUUGAUCUUCUGCGUUCGCUGGUCGGUAUCCUGAUGCGAUUUCGUGAACGUUCGGUGGCUAUAUGUGGGGACAUUCGCGAAAUGUUCCACCAAAUUCGGGUGAAAGAAGAGGACCAGGUGGCGCAACAGUUUCUUUGGCGAAACGGUGAUGUUCAUCGACGGCCUGAUGUCUUUGCCAUGACCACACUUCACAAGGCCGUAGCAACGAUCGUUAGUAACACAUUUGUAGACGACUGGCUGCACAGUACAGACAAUGAAGACGAAAUGGUGCAACUUGCUUCUGAUGUUCGCAACAUACAUUCUGUAGGCGGUUUUGAAAUGCGAAACUGGCUAUCGAAUUCCAAACGAGUUCUACAAGCAAUGACCAGUCAGAGUAAGCUCGCAAUCAAGUGUUUUCUAGAACCGGGGUCAGAACUUCAAAAGGUUUUAGGAAUGUGGUGGCUUCCUAUUAGUGAUGAGCUAACAUUUGUUCACAAAUUUAAGCCAGAGGUCUUCAAUGAAACUCGUCUUCCUAUAAAACGACAAAUACUGCGGCUGGUGACGACUAUCUUCGAUCCUUUGGGCUUGUUAGGCUUUUUCGUGAUACAAGCCAAAAUGUUUUUACAAGAUGUAUGGCGAUCGGGCGUAGCAUGGGACGAGCCUGUGCAAGAUCGUGAAUGCUCAGCAUGGUGGCAGUGGCUGCGAAGGCUUCAUUUCGUCUGUCAAAUUCGAAUUCCACGGUGCUACCAACUGGCGAGUCAUAGCAGUGAUAAUCAACUUCAUGCCUUCGUCGACGCUAGCAUAUCAGCAUAUGCAGCUGUGGCCUUUAUACGUUCGAGUAUAAUGAACAAAAUCUACUGCAGUCUUGUUGCUUCUAAAACCAGAGUUGCUCCUUUGAAGCCACUCUCAGUACCAAGGCUUGAACUGAUGGCUGCCAUCCUAGGUCUUCGUCUAGCUAAGUUUAUAGAACAGGAGGUCUCUAUAAAUAUAAACCGCCGGAUUUUCUGGUCCGAUUCGAAAGACGUUCUCUGCUGGAUAAGGUCAGACACCCGAAAAUUCAACCAGUUUGUGGCUGUACGUGUUGGUGAAAUUUUAGAAGAUUCACAAGUCAACGAAUGGCGGUGGGUACCAUCGAAGGAUAACGUAGCAGACGACGGAACUAAGUGGACCCCAAAUAUGGAAAUUAACAGUGCAGCCAGAUGGUUCACCGGUCCCGACUUUCUAAAAUUAUCAGAAACUUCCUGGCCUACCAUUAAUUUCGAACAAGUUAAAACUGCAGUGGAAAUAGUUCAACACAUGAAUACGUAUAACACACCAAAACAUGAUCCAUCACCGGAUCCACAAAGAUGUUACUCGAUGACACAACUUGUACAAGUGCUGAAAUUCUUCUAUUUCGUAAAUGCCAGCAAGAAUGAGUAUGGACUGUUGAGAGUGAAGGGUCGAAUUGACGAAGCACGAGAAGUACCAGCUGAUCUUAAACGACCCAUUAUACUUCCCCGAAAUAGUAUCAUUACUCAUCUCAUCACAGAGUUCUACCAUCGGAGGUUCCAUCACCACCACAACGAAAUAGUGAUAAAUGAGAUGAGGCAGCGAUUUUGCGUUCAUGGCCUACGAUCAUUGGUGAGAAACGUGACCAAGCUAUGUCAACAUUGUUGCAAUCGGCGAGCCAUGCCGAAUCCACCUGAAACGGGAAAGAUACCCAUGGAGCGCCUGGCAACAUUCUGCCAUCCGUUUGCCUACACAGGCGUCGACUAUUUUGGACAAUUUGAUGUGACUGUUGGCAGAAAACACGAGAAACGUUGGGGAGUCGUGUUUACGUAUAACGGCACCAAUUUUAGAGGUGCUAGUCGUAUACUAGCUGAAGAAAUAGAGAAGAUAUUAUCUGAAACAAUUAUGCGAAAGUAUCCUGAGAUCGAGUGGAAAUUUAUACCACCAGCAUCACCACAUAUGGGCGAUGCCUGGGAGCGGAUGGUCCGAUCCAUUAAAUCCGUGAAUCCUGCGUGA